AUGGAAACGCAAGGGUCGUCACCGGUGCUGGGGUCGUUCAGCAGCCCAACGUCCAGGUCGCGUAGCAGCUCUAAGCUGGUCGACGAUGUGACGAGCUUGACGUCGUUCAACCCGUUCUCGGAGGAGGACGAGAACGACCAGUCUUCAUAUACCUUGGUAACGUCGUUGUUCUCGCGUAUGAAGAACACGCUGUCUGCGCCGCUCUCCUCUGCUGUCACCGCCGCCUCAACUUCUACCAAUCCCGCUACCUUGACCAACGUUGGCGCGAGUGAACAACGGAGGCCGUCCUACACGCUUCCCAAUUCACAGUCGACCUUUUCUUCCAAGUACUCUAUUCCGGAGAGAAGCAAACCGUUUCCUACCAUCCACCCUAACCCAGCACCGCCGCUGGUAUCACUGACACCGGUCCACUCAGAAUUCCCCACUUUCCAUUCCGGGUCUCCUCCACGCGGUGCUGGCGGGUACCCACCAGCCUACGACACACAAGAUGGAGGUCAAUAUGGUACUGCUAUCCCCGGAUUUCCCGUCGUCGAUGACGCUCGUAGCAUUAAGACUUCUACUAGUCAUCAUCGCUCCGGAUCCGUGUCGAAGGUCAUACGGCGCAUUCGAGGCGAAGGUUUAUCGAAAGACUAUUGGAUGGACGACGAGAAUUGUAAAGAGUGCUAUGAUUGCAAAAGCCUGUUCACGACUUGGAGACGGAAGCAUCACUGUCGCAUUUGCGGACAGAUAUUUUGUUCUCGCUGUGCCUCGAAUAUCAUUAAAGGUACUCGCUUCAACCAUGACGGUAUGGUCCGGGUGUGUAACCUCUGCCUCGAUAAGCUCGCCAAAGUAGAUGAUGAUGAUGACGACGACCGUCGUUCUUUUGUAUCCUCUGUACAUUCCUUUCCAGCGCAUCAACUCGGCAACGACCCGUUCUCGUAUCAUCCACACUCCCCGUUUGCGGCGUCACAAAUCUUCGGGCGCACGGAUGAACCAUUUAACCUUUAUUCCAUAGCUGAAACCAAGCGCUAUGCGUCGCGUUCUGAAGAAGACCUAGGCGGAGUUUCGUUCGACGCUCUCCAGGAACGCGAGGAUGGCGUCUGGGAACCUAUACGCGAGACCCCCGCGCCCUUCCGCAGGGCGCUUGCGGAUGAAGAGAAAGACACUUCUGACAUUCCAAGUCAUUUCGCUACCGAUUCACCUGCUACUGGUGGACCGGGUACACCUUUGGACUUUCCAUCGGCGGCUCCAGUAAACCCAGACGCUCCUGUGAGCUCAAUACAGUUCCCUAUGGGCUCACCGGAACGUGGUCUCGACAGUCCGCGAUCGCAAAGUCGCUUGAGAACUCGAUUCGAUUCUUAUGGGGAUUUUGAUGCCGCUACUCCCUUCAUACGCAGCCGCGUUCAAAGUCGGCUGGACACGUUUCUGGGCGAAGUGGGGUGGAGAACGAGGCGAGAGAGUACAGCUUACGCUCAAGAACUCAACCUUACCUCGAUGCUUCAUUUAAAGAUUAUGCUGCGACAAAUGCUCACCACGGAACAGAUACCUAACAUCAAAGAAUGGGAAGAGACGCUGCUGAAGCUUGCCCUCAGAAUAGCGAAGGAACUGACAUUCACUACGCAUCCCCAUCGUCAAGGGGAAGACAUGGACGUGCGCCGAUAUGUAAAGAUAAAGAAGCUUCCCGGUGGUUCACCUCAGGACUCCGAAUACGUCGACGGAGCUGUGAUAACCAAGAACGUUGCUCAUAAGAAGAUGCAGCGAUCUCUCCAGAACCCUCGCAUCAUGCUCAUCACAUUUCCCUUGGAGUUCCACCGAGUGGAAGGCCAGUACAUGCACUUCGGCCAAAUUGUUAGGCAGGAGAAGGAGUACCUUGGUAAUCUUGCGAGCCGUAUCGCGGCACUCCUACCUCAUAUAGUGUUGGUAGAGAAAUCGGUAUCCCGCCUAGCACUCGAUGCCCUAGCACAGUACAACAUCGCUGUGGCGCGCAUGGUGAAACCCUCUGCUAUCCGUACUGUCGCACGUAUGUCUCAAGGUGACUUAUUCUCUUCCAUGGACAAACUCGCGUUCGAACCACGGCUAGGCCAUUGCGCGCGAUAUCGAAUCCAAACCUUCGAUCAUCCUCUUAUCCCUGGUCGAAGGAAGACGUUGAUGCGGUUUGAAGGUUGCAGCCGAGAUAUGGGGUGCACAAUUAUUCUCAGAGGGGAGAAUAUCGAGACGCUGCGCAAGAUCAAGAAAGUUACGCGGUUCUUGACUUUCAUUGUCCGCAAUCUCAAAUUGGAAACACAUCUUUGGAAGGAUUCUGUCAUUACCCUUCCCGCGUUCAAUCCUGAGGCGAUACCGAACAGUCCUGGGGAGGGUCGGCCAGCUCUCUCGAAUUUAACCAUUCCAUCUAUGUUCUCGCAUCCCGUUUUGUCGACCCCUCGCUUAGCAACCCCAACUAUCCAAGUCAACGACUCGGCCUCGGUUUCUGAUGUCCUGCCCCACGAUGAAGAGCGGGAUGAGGUAGACGAACAACUUAAUUUAACAUGGCGCAUCGAUCAGUCACUGGAACCAUACAAGAAGACAUUCAUAUCCGUAUCUGCUACCUUACGCUUUCCGCCGCCUUACCCUAUUCGCCGGAUGAAAGAGCUAGAUGUCCAGUUACAUGAAGCCAAACGAGCCUGGGAGGAUGAAAUAGUACGGCGGGAGGAAAAGUUGCACUCUAGGCAUGCGGCGGAGGGUACAGUCACACCGGUGACAAUUACAGAUGCCGUCGAACCUAAUGAUGGGAUAGUCCCUCUGAAUCUUAAUGUAGCAUCCCCUUCAAACGAUGAGGCGGCGACGCCUACGGUAGCCGCAGACGAUUGCUAUUUUUCCCUCCCCUUAGGCAGCGGGACUUCGAGCGUCUUCCCGGCGUCUGCAGGCUUAUCGGCGCUGGCUACACCGAUGUUCGAAGGAACCGCGGAGUUGAUGAAGACGGAGGCAGACAUAGCACUGGAAAGUCGAUAUACGCUCAUCAAGUUGCAGCACGAGGAAGAGAGGCGUAUCUGGGAGUGGUACCUUCGCAAGAACAGUGACGACUUCGUGGUGGAAAAGUACCAAUGUAUCAGUUUGUGGGAAUAUACCAUCCCCAUCGCUGAGUUUGGCCUACAUCGCGCGUGCUUCCCACCUCAGCUGAACUAUAUCACAUUCUAUGGCGAGAACGACUGUACGCUGGGGCAGUUCAUCGAAAAAUCAAUAUCCGACACGCUCACCGAAUUCCUCAACCCCAAGGCCAUCUGCACUGGUAAAGGUUGUGAUCAGCCUCUCGCGCGUCAUUGCAAGGUCUAUGUCCAUCAAGAAACCCGACUCUUCGUUGCUGUCGAACAAUGGGAUGGUCAGAUCAUUGGCCGGUCGAACUAUCCUCCCUCCCCAGAACACAUAACAACAUGGAGCGUGUGUCGAAAGUGUGGAUCAGCAACACCCUUCAUUCCUGUAUCUGAAGAGAUGCAGAGGUAUUCCUUCGCCAAGUUCCUCGAGCUCCACUUCUAUCCAGCAGACGUUAAGCUUGUGCUCGGUGCUGGGUGUGAGCACAAUAUAUAUCAGCAUCAUAUUCGGUAUUUCGCCUCGAACGGGAUGACCUUGCGCUUCCAGACUGACCCUGUUGUUCUGCACGAAAUCGUGUAUCCUCCUGUGCGCAUUCGUGUACGUCCGGAGACUCAACUUGAGCUCAAGAACAAGGACUUCGAUCGUCUUCAUCGCCGGAACGUUCUCUGGUAUUCUGCUUUGAUAGAUGACCUGAGAUUGAUCAGCAUCGACGCCGCUACGGGAGACGAAGAAAUGGAUGAGAAGUUACUCGCCGAGGUCAACGUGUUGAUUACAAGAGCGGAAGAAGAGAGGGAAGAAAUCAGUCAACUUAUCAAUCGCCUCUAUAGGGACUCCCCUCCUACGGACACACUGGCCUUGAACCCUGUCUACUCCUUCCGGCAAGACAAGAUCGUCGCAUGGCAGCAGGACUUCGAUAAAUUACCCAAGCCCCGUCCAGUCCAAGAGAAGGUCAUUAACGAGAAAGCCUACAAGAAGACAUCUGCUUUUGGUACGGUACGCGCAGCCAUGUGGCCCAAGAAGCCUGGCCUUCCUUUGGGGUUUGACAAUCCUCAUGUACCGUCGUCAAGCGUUUCUGAGGCUGAGGAAGUCUCUCCAACCUCUAGGAGAAGCAAGAACAAAGUCAAUAAUUUCACCUCGUCCGCUUCAGAGGCCUCCGAGAUCGAGCCAGACACCACUAGUGCCGAAAGUACCACUAAGAUCGAUCCAAAGGAAGGAGAACCAAUAAUACUGGAGCCUCCAGUCAUCACUGAAUCUCCUAUCGAAUCUAAGCAUCAGGCAACUGACCCGGAAAGUGACUCUACUAUCGGUGCUGCACAAGAAGAUGCUGCACAGGAAAAUACAGCUUUGCCUGAGAGGCCAGAUUUGGACACAGCGAACACAGCCGCGGAAAUUGACUCGGCUUUACCAGCGUCGAAGUUACCACGGCGACCUUUGGGUCAGGACCACGUAGCUGAAUUGGUUAGAAAAUAUUCCGACUACUUGCCAGCUCAAGGCGUCCAAGAACUGGCGAAAACAGCUUUUCCUCCACGUGUGAUUGUGUCCGAAAGCGAGCAAGAGUAUCCUUCAGUCCCACCAAUACGCAAUACGCGGUCGAAAAGCCGUCGUCUCCCAACCAAGAAGCCGUCUAUCUCGGACUUCGAGCAAGGUUAUACGGCCAAUGUAGCACCGUUGUACUUGACCCAUUCCAGGCGCUCCCUCGGCGCAAUCCCCCACAAUAGCCGCAUUCCAGGCCCAAUUGUUUCUGCCUUCGAAUCUGUCCGUUCCAGAGACUCGUCGCGCCGCGCUUCUCCCGAAAAGCGCUCCGUCAGCGGUAAAACGAAGGAGGUACGAUUCAACCAGCCAGGGUCACCGCCACAUGGCAGAGCUCCUUCUGGAAAGUUAGGCAAGAGCAGGCUGGCGACUCGGACUAAUCCCGCUGACAAGCCUCAGUCUCAGUUGCGGUCUGCCUCAACCUCGACGCCUAAAUCUGCUCUCAGACGGCCUGUAGGAACCCCAGGAGGUAAAGUAUCGAACAUCGCCCGACAUUUUGAACGUAUUAGCCGCGAUACAGAGCGUUCUAAAACACGCUAUGCCGUCAUUCGUGGAAAGAAAGCUCGCCCAGUUGCAUCCGCCCGUGCCAAAGUAGAGAUACUGGAAAGCAUCAAAGAUGCUGUACAAGACGACGAGAGCGAGGGUUCAAAUUCUUCCAGUGAAGCUGACGACGAAGGGGAAGGGGACGAGGACCGUAACGACCACGGGAAGCCCUCUCUGCCGCCCGUCGUCCAGUCGACACCAGACUCUGAACCUCAAAUCGAAGAAAGCGCAAAGACCGCCCCAGCUGAUACAUUCCCAAUCCCGCCGCCCGAUCCUGCCGCUGAGAAUACAGCAGAACUCAAGCCUCCUCGGCCCUUGACCACCAUAUCAUUGCCCCCGUCUCCGUUCCUGACGGCUACGAAAAACAGAAGUGUAUCUACUCCACCCCCAGCAGACUUCGACAUAGGAGGGACUGCUGGAAACUCUAUCCUGAAAGCUAUUUCGUAUUUUUUGCCUCCACAGCCGGUAUCACGAUGGGCGCUGGAGAAUGAGCUUGUGAAUGACCCAGAACAUAUUUUCCGCGACACAUCCAUGGUAGUACGCACCGAUGAGCCAACAUCUAUCAUAGCCUUGGCCCUGAACUCUCCACAAUACAGGGAGAUGUUGACCAAGUCAAGGGCGGAAAAACGGACCGCUCAACAAGCGCGGGUGACUGAAGGCGGAGAAGUGUUCAUGCCUGACGACCGUUCUGUAGCCGAAUCAACUUCAACUUGGGAAGACUUGAAGGUUCCUUCUUCCAAACUCCCUUGGGCCAUCACGUUUGAAAGUGGUGGGUUGACCAUCAGCUGUACCGUGCUUUAUCCAGAACAAUUCGAUGCCUUGCGCCGCACAUAUGACUGCGAACGAAGCAUGGUGGAAUCUCUCGCACGAUGUGUCAAAUGGAACGCCAAUGGUGGAAAGUCUGGGUCAGCAUUUCUAAAAACGAGAGACGAUCGUUUCAUUGCGAAAGAAAUCUCCCGUCCUGAACUGCAAACUAUGGAAACAUUUGCGCCUGCAUAUUUCGAUUACAUGUCUUCUGCAGUUUCUGCUAACCGCCCUACCCUUCUCGCCAAAGUCUUUGGAUGUUACAAGUUGACGUUCCGCAAAACGUCCGGCAAAGAUAGCGGCCCAGAACGAUCAAAGUCUACGCAAAUGAAUCUACUCGUCAUGGAGAACCUGUUUUAUGACAGGCGGUUUGCUAAGAUCUAUGACCUUAAAGGCUCAACCCGUAACCGCCAUGUCCAAUCCACCGGCAAGGAAAAUGAAGUACUACUCGAUGAAAAUUUAGUAGAGACUGCCCAUCUUGCCCCUUUCUAUCUACGCGAACACUCCAAGCGUAUCCUGCGCGGAGCUCUCUAUAAUGAUACCAAGUUCUUGGCCGAUACCAAUGUUAUGGACUAUUCCCUGGUCGUCGGGAUUGACAAGGAAAGCAACGAACUAGUUGUCGGUAUCGUCGAUUAUAUCCGCACGUAUACCUGGGACAAGAAACUAGAAAGCUGGGUGAAAGAGUCGGCGUUCCUUGGUGGCGCUGGCAAAGGCGAACCUACGAUCGUCACCCCGAAGCAGUAUCGCCAAAGAUUCAUUACCGCUAUGGAGAGGUACUUCCCUUUGAUCCCUGACCGUUGGAUGAAGCAGAAAGACACGCCGGAAGAAGACCCAAAUUGUUUCGCUGAACUCUGGCCUGAUUGGUAG